UCAAGACAUUAAAUCACGUUGCAUUGUUGGAAAUGUAGUUAAAUCCAAUCAAAACAGUGUGUUACAAAACCGUAACAUUGAAUUGCUCACGUAACUAGUUGUAUAAAGGAAAUGCAACGCCCGCUAACGCGUUUUUCAUUGUUCGACUGUUAAAAGGACGUUUCUGUCGUGUAUUUAUUUUUUAGCCGGCUUUAAAUUAGCUCCGACAUUACUAUUAAUUGUAUGCUGCACAGCAUUUGCAGGAGCUCAUCUUUCUUGAGGCAAUACUUGAAAGUUGUCGCCCAAAGUGAUCAGGGACCCACUUCAUUAUUCUCAACAAAGGCCAAGGCAUUCACCUGUCAAGCCAUCAUGUCUGGGAAAAAACGAAAGUCUACAUCUGCUGCUGCUGCUGCUGUUAAAGAGCCCGGUGCUAAGCAGCAGAAGCUGGAUCCCACGAAGGAGAAGGGCUGGCUGCAGGACAGUCUGAAGCAGCAGAGGACAAAGAACAAGCAGAUGAAAUUCAACAGAAAACGCCUCCGCUACAUAUCCAACACUGAGAGGAUAAAGCAGGGCUCAGAGGGUGUCCUGUACUGGAUGUCACGAGACCACAGAGUACAAGAUAAUUGGGCUCUGAUCCAUGCCCAGCAGCUUGCUCUGAAGGAGAAGCUUCCUCUGCACGUCUGUUUCUGCCUGUUUGUCCCAAAAUCAUUGCUGUCCACUCUGAGACAUUACAGCUUCAUGCUGAAAGGUCUGAAAGAAGUCGAAAAGGAGUGCAAAGCCUUAGACAUCCAGUUCCACCUGCUCCGUGGUUCAGCUGGAGACGUUCUCCCCGGCUUUGUGUCUGAUCGAGAACUGGGCGCAGUGGUAACAGACUUCUCUCCCCUCAGAGAGCCACUGCAGUGGUUGGAGGACGUUAAAAAGACUCUUCCAAAAGAUAUUCCCCUCAUACAGGUUGAUGCCCACAAUGUUGUUCCCUGCUGGGUAGCCUCACCUAAACUUGAGUACGCAGCCAGAACAAUCCGUGGAAAAAUCACAAAGCUUCUUCCAGAUUUCCUCACAGACCUUCCUCUUGUAGAGAAACACCCCUACACAGCUGCAAGAACCGCCAAAAAGGUAGACUGGGAAAAAAACCUGGCCUCUCUGCAGGUAGACCGAACAAUAGAGGAACCGGAGUGGGCUAAACCCGGCACCAAGGGAGGAGUCGCCAUGUUGGAGUCCUUCAUUGAUGAACGCCUUAAACUAUUUGCAACCCAACGCAACGACCCAAACGCUGCGGCCCUCAGCCAGCUGUCCCCCUGGAUCCGCUUUGGCCAGCUGUCAGCCCAGCGUGUGGCGCUGCAGGUUCAGCAGUGUGGAAGCUCUGCAGGUCCAGCUGUUGCCUCCUUCAUCGAGGAGCUGGUGGUGCGCAGGGAGCUGACGGACAACUUCUGUUUCUACAACGAAAAAUACGACCGCGUUGAGGGGGCGUAUGAAUGGGCUCAGAAGACUUUAAAGGAUCAUGCCGAAGACAAGAGGGAGUAUCUCUACACACGGGAGCAGCUGGAGAAAGCAAAGACACAUGACAAACUCUGGAAUGCCUCUCAGUACCAGAUGAUCACUGAGGGGAAGAUGCAUGGUUUCCUGAGGAUGUACUGGGCCAAAAAGAUUCUGGAGUGGACUUCUUCACCAGAGGAGGCGCUCUCCAUAGCGCUCUACCUAAACGACCGCUACAGUCUGGAUGGCCAGGACCCCAAUGGCUUUGUCGGUUGUAUGUGGUCUAUCUGUGGCACCCAUGACCAAGGCUGGAAAGAGAGAGAGGUUUUUGGAAAGAUCCGCUACAUGAACUACAAAGGCUGCCAGCGGAAGUUUGAUGUAGCUAAGUUUGAGAGAAAGUACUGUUCCAAAAACCUCUAAAAGCAUCAAAAGUAUACAGUAUACAUCUCCUACACCUUAAGUUCCAGGGAGCGUCUGUAUAUCCUUUUUUUGACUCACUGCCUAUUUUUGUCAUGAACUUUAAAUUGUGUAUGACUUGGGCUGUUUCCUUUACUUAAUAUUCAGGAAUGUGGUUUUUGCUUAUCAAGCUGGUUUACUGUACAGUAUGCAGCAAGCUACGCAUACAGGGCUAUCAACUUUGUUUUAUGCUGCUUUUUUGUUUUUCAUAAACAUUAUUUUACACUUAA